GAGCUAUUUUCCAUGGGGGGGUCCUCGUAUGGACCCAUCUGGGAGCACAACCUCGGGUUCUGGAAGAAGAACAUCUCUGAGAGCGACAGGGUUCUCUUCUUGAAGUACGACGAGAUGAUGGCCCAUCCAGUCGUCUAUGUCAAGAUGCUCGCCGAGUUCCUCCGCGUCCCCUUCACCGAGGAGGAGGUGAGCGGUGGAGUCGUGGAGGACGUGGUGCACCUGUGUAGCUUCGACAAGCUCAAGAGCAUGCCGGUCAACUCCUCGGGUGUGUCUGACAGGAUCGGUGGGGUGCCAAUGGAGAAUUCUUCCUUCUUUAGGGCUGGAAAAGUUGGUGACUGGGCGAACCACCUGACUGAAGAGAUGGCGAUCGAAGAAGCUGGAUGACAUUGUCGACGAGAAACUCCGGGAUUCGGGUCUCACCUUUUGACAUCUCAUUGUGUGCAUGCUUGUGCACCCAAGUCAGACGCAUACUAUGUAUGCUCCAAUAAUAAGUGAGAACAAUCUAGUGCAUGCUUAAUUUGAUGUUUUGUAUGCCUACUCCUCUUGGUGAUAUGAGCAAGAGCAACACAGCGUAAACUUGGCGCCAGUAUUCGAGCAAUCACGUUGAUAUGUAUUUUAUCUCUAUUGCUCCCUUCGUUUUAAAAU